AAUGGCUGUGCUUAUUUCCACGAAGAGGAAAGAGAAGGACUUGCAAAGAUAUGUAGGCUUGCCAUUCAUUCUCGAUAUGAAGACUUCGUAGUGGAUGGCUUCAGUGUGUUAUAUAACAAGAAGCCUGUCAUAUAUCUUAGUGCUGCUGCUAGACCUGGCCUGGGCCAAUACCUUUGUAAUCAGGUAAUGUGGUAUUAUGUGGCUAUUUUAAAGAAAUAAUGUCUUAUUUUGUUCUGAAAAUUUUAAAGUUGACCUGUUUCUCUAGUUGCUGUUCUUGUUGAGUGAAAAGAAAGAUGGUCUUACAUUGCUUUUGUCAUAUUUGUAAAAAUUACUGAAUUUAGAAAUAAGGAAUAUGUGAUAGAUUACCCAAGGGCAUCCACAGUCAACAUUUUCUCUUUUUUCCCAGGCUUUAAUCGAAGGGGGUGUGUUUGUGUUUAUAUGAUUGUAUCUGGCUCUUUUCACUUACUGUUAAAACAGGAAUAUAUCAUUUUAAUAAUAAUUUUUCAAAGUAUAGUUUAUUUUUAAUGGCUUCAUGGUAUUUCUUCAAGUGAAUAUAUAGUAAUUAACUGUUGCCUUUUUGGACAAUGAAGAGUGUUUGCAUUCUCUUGCUUUCUGUGACCAUUUUCAGGUAAUGUUCUUUGUGUAGUGCUGUUAAGGACUUCUCUGUGCAUAAAGCUCUUCCUGUAUUUUAUUUAGGGUUAUGGUCCUCAGAUGGAUUUUCAGAGUCAGUCUAGAAUUGCUGGAUCAAAGAGCAUGACUAUUUUUUUGUUUUUGUUUUUGUUUUUUUUUUUUUUUUGAGACAGAGUCUUGCUCUGUCACCCAGGCUGGAGUGCAGUGGCGCGAUCUCGGCUCACUGCAAGCUCCGCCUCCCAGAUUCAUGCCAUUCUCCUUGCCUCAGCCUCCCAAGUAGCUGGGACUACAGGCGCCUGCCACCAUACCCAGCUAAUUUUUUUGUAUUUUUUUUAGUAGAGAUGGGGUUUCACCGUGUUCGCCAGGAUGGUGUCGAUCUCCUGACCUCGUGAUCUGCCCACCUCAGCCUCCCAAAGUGCUGGGAUUACAGACGUGAGCCACCACACCCAGCCGAGCAUGACUAUUUUUAAAGUUCAUGGUGCUUCUAGCCCAACUGGGGGGACUACAUCGAGAUAAGACACUGUUAACCGUCUUUGCCAAGAACGUUUGAAAGUUAAACCCGUAGGGUUGGAGGGUUCCUCUUUUGUAAGCUGUAGGAGUCCCAGGGGGAUGUAUGGGAGACACUUAGUGACUUUUAAGUUGAUUCUGAGCUGUGAUCACUGGUGUUAAGAAAUUAUGUCCUCUUCUUGAGGGUGUACAAAAAGGGGGAAUUUAAUAAUAAUCCUCUGAAACGUGAAAUGAAUUAAUGAAUUACUUAGUGUCUACUGCAAGCCAGGCUCUUGCAGACACAAGGGUGUUUGGGGACAACAGUCUAACCUUCAAAAGAUGUGUGAGAGUGUUCUGUUGGGAAUGGCAGCUGGCAGAGCAGCAUAUAUAAGAUGGUUAUGUUCAUGUUUUUAAAAGUGUGUGUAUCCUUUAUACCUAUGUUUUUGUACCUAGAAAAAUACGUAAAUUUAUACCUAGAAAAUAUCUGAAAGUUUUUGUAUUAAACUGUUAACGGGGUGGAUUGGUGGCUUAUAGGGUAGGGGGCUAGGCAUUUUCACUUUUAAUACCUGUAUUUUUUUUGAGGAUUUGUUUUACUUGGGUGUCACAUUCAUAAUUUUUAAUCCUUUAAGGAGAAAAAUGUGCUUAUUAAAUUUUUGGUCUCUGAAUGCUACCAAGUCUUAGUCACACAAAACAAUAUGCUGCAACUGUUUACACUUCCUAAAACUGUAAACUCCUCAAGGACUUGGAAGCUAAACAUGAAGAAUAUAAAAUCAAGUUGACAACCACUGUCUCUGUGCAUAACACUGACUUCACUUCUCUUGAGAAAUGUGCAUCUGCUAAUCCAUAUUUAUUACUUUUUAGAGGUGGGUGAACCCAUAAAUAAGAUACUGUUCUUUGAAUGCCUUUAGCUGGUGUUAUUUACCAGUAAUGCUUGGAGAAAGAAUCCAAAAUUACCCCCACUAAAAUGCUCACGACCCACUUGUUUCUGUGUUUGUCGAAGUGUUUCUGGUAUAUUCUAGAAUAUACCAAAGAUAAUUACUUGACUCAUUUAGAAAAUUUUACAUUAUAUCCUCUUAUAAGGCACUUGGAAAUUCACCUUUUUUUUUUUUUUUUUUUUUGGCUUGGCUUUCUAAAUGUACUUUAACAUCAAUUUAUAAUAUUAAGAGUUCCUAAGGAGAGAGAUUUCUUAGGAGAAUAAUCGUGGCUUGUCUUAGAGCCACAGCCUUUCACAAUCUGAAGUGAAUGGUGCAGAGAGCUUUCUUGUCAAGUGGUGUGUUUCUUCCUGCAGUUCGGCUUGCCCUUCCACUGCUUGUGCCAUGUACCUUGUAACACUAUGUUUAGAUCCCAGCAUCAGAUGGUGAGUUCUACUUUUGGUUUGUAAAAUCAUGUGGGAUUGUGUUUUGAAACUACCUUUCAAAUGAAGUUCUGUUUGCUGGCCUCCAGAUAAUUAGUAACUUACUCAUGUAUUGCUUGGAUCCUUGCAUUGUGUAAUAUAUGCUUCUGUUAAUAUGUGAAUGUCCAUGAAGGUUGGUUGGUAUAUAGGUCAGGAGCACCUGGCUUUCAAGGAGUCUUGUAAUUACUGUAUCACCUGCUUUAAGUAGAAACAUUGCAGCUCAAUUGAGCACCAGAAAUUUCUUCUGAAGCUCCUACUUUUAAUGAGUUAGCACUGUUGCCUGGAUUUAUGAAUGGGCAGAUUUUGAAAAUGAGGUUCUUCAUUGUCAUCGUGGAAUUGAGUUCUGCUUAUUUUCAGACAUGUAGGUGAUAAAUCUCUCCUUAAUGAUUCCAGAAGGAAAAGGAAGGGAUGGAUUUUAGAGUUUUUUAUUUCUUUUGUCAAGGUAGUUUUAUUUUCUAGUUCAGGUACAUCAGUGAGUCAUAGUAGAGAUACAUUCUUGGCUGUUUUAGGGGAGUUAAGAGAACAUUUCAUUUAAAUGUAAAUGUUUAAAAUCAAAGAAAUGUUCCUGCAUAUGUGCAGUUUUUACCUUUAAUCUUGUUUAACUGAUUUUUCUAGUCUUAAAGGAAAACUAUUUGAUUUUCACAUCUAUGAUGAGAGAAAACAGAAAAAUUGUCAAGAGUAAGAAUUGAUUUGACAUUACUUUUGAGAGUUAUCUGCUUCUUUUGUAAGUCAUAAUUUUUCAUUUUAUAGCUUUUAUACUGGGCACCUCAUUUUUUAAUGGUUUGUUUUGGUUCCUGGAUGUUGCCUUCCUGGAGAAAAUGAUUAAAGAUGAUAUAGAGCGAGGAGGACUGCCCCUGUUGCUUGUCGCAAAUGCAGGUUAUCAAUUCUGUGCCUGAUCAUUUUCAUCCUGGGACUGACUUUUGUGGAAUUUCUUGGAUAGUUAUCAUUAUUUUGUUUCUGGGAAUUUCUACACUUGCCAUUUUCCUCUGGAAAACUAGCCUUUGUGUGUCUUUCCUCAAGACUGUCUUAAAGUCACAAAAUGUACAUGACGGAUCCAAGGAUGUACAGCGGAAAGCCUGGAGGUCCAAUAGCCGUAGCCGGGAAGGAAUUAAAAUUGGCCUGGAAGACCUCUUUACUUCAUGGAGACAUAUGGAAGCCAAAGUUCGAGCUGAAGUCCAUAAGGUGACAAGGAAGGUCAACAGUCAUUACAAAAUCAAUGGACAGAGGAAGACUGCCGAGGAAGAGAAACAAAACAUGAAAGAAUGUGAGCAAGCAGAAAACAAGAGGCAGCUAUCAGAGGCAGAGGAGAAUGGGAAAUUGGAUAUGAAAGAAAUACACACCUACCUGAAACUGUUUCAACGCACGCAAGAGUUGCGGUGGCGGGCAGAGGACUACUACAGAUGCAAAAUCGCCCCUUCUGCAAGAAAGCCUCUUGCCAACUCAGUAAGUUUGUUUGUUUUCCUUGCUUUGGGACAUAGUCUGCCAGGUCAGGACAUGGAUGUAUUUUUCUCCCCACAGCUCUGUGCUCAAGCCUUGCAAAGGGGGAUGGCAGAGAGGAAGGCUGCCUACAAGCAGCACAGGUGUGAAAUGAGGCAAAAGCAGAGAGUGCCAGAGAGACACAUGAGUCAGGAGCCAGUCCAGGGACGACCGGGCCUAGAGAAACCUUUCUGGAGGGAUUCAGGACCUCAUUCGGUUCCCAUGAGGAACAGCAGCAGCAUCCCAGCUGAAAACACAGAGAAGACAAAGGUCAGGAUGGCGGCAGUGGAGCACCAUCAUUCCUCAGGGUUGCCCUACUGGCCCUACCUCAUGGCUGAAACUUUAAGAAAAAGGAUGGGCCGCAAGCUACCUCCUCCAACUCAGUGCGAUCUGAGAGGUCAACCAUGUCCAUUAGUUAAAGGGUGUCUGAGACCUCUGAGUCUUUCUCGACUACAAUGUCCACUAGGACCUCAACCACAUUCUUCAACUGAUGAUUUUCUGAGAAGAGACACACCUCAAGACGAGUGUGCCCUGGGACCUGAACCACUUCCUCGAGCUGAUGAUUUUCCGAGACUCAAGACACCUCCCAAGGGUCUUUUCAUACCAAUUUCCCCUUCUCCAGUUGAUGAUUCGCUGAGCAUCAAGACACCUCCCGAGUGUCUUCUGGUACCCCUUCCACCUUCUCCAGUUGAUGAUUUUCUGAGAUCACAAACACCUCCCGUCCAGUGUCACCUGAGACCUGUACCAUUUCAUCGAGCUGAUGAUAUCAGGAGACUCAAGAAACCUCCUGACUGUUUUUUCGCACACCUUCCACCUUCUCCAGUUGAUGAUUUUCUGACACCACAGACACCUCCAGUCGAGUGUCACCUGGGACCUCUACCGUUUCCUCGAGCUGAUGAUUUUAGGAGACUCAAGACACCUCCCGACUGUUUUUUUGUACCUCUUCCAUCUUCUCCAGUAGAUGAUUCUCUGAGCCUCCAGACAGCCCCUGAGUGUCUUCUGGCACCUCUUCCACCUUCUCCAGUUGAUGACUUUGUGAGACCACAGACAGCUGCUGUCCACUCUCGCCUGCGACCUGGACCAUUUUCUAAAGCUCAUGAUAUUCGGAGACUCAAGACUCCUCCCAACUGUCGUUUCGUACCUCUUCCACCUCCUCCAGUUGAUGAUUCUCUGAGCCUCAAGAUACCCCUCGAGUGUCUUCUGGUACCUCUUCCACCUUCUCCAGUUGAUUUUCUGACAGCACCGAUACCUCCUGUCCACUCUCACCUGGGACCUGGACCAUUUUCUCAAUCUGAUCAUUUUCCGAGACUCGAGACACCUCCCGAGUGUUUUCCGUACCUCUUCCACCUUCUCCAGUCGAUUCUGUGAGCCUCAGGAUACCUCCUGAGUGUCCUCUGGUACCUCUUCCACCUUCUGAAGUUGAUGAUUUACUGACACCAGACUCCUCCCGUCCACUGUCACCUGGGACCUGUACCAUUUCCUCGAGCUGAUGAUUUUAGUUGAAACAAGAUACCUCCCGACUGUUUUUUCAUACCUCUUCCACCUUCUCCAGUUGAUGAUUCUCUGAGCCUCAAGACACCUCCCGAGUGUCUUCUGCUACCUCUUCCACCUUCUCCAGUUCAUGAUAUUCUCAGACCACAAACACAUCCUGUCAACUCUCGCCUGGGACCUGGUCCAUUUUCUCAAGCUGAUGAUUUUCCGAGACUGAAGACACCCCCUGAGUGUCUUUUCAUACCUCUUCCACCUUCUCCAGUUGAUGAUUCUCUGAGCCUCAAGAUACCUCUUGAGUGUCUUCUGGUACCUAUUCCACCUUCUCCAGUUGAUGAUAUUUUCAGACCACAGACACGUCCCAUCCACUGUCGCCUGGGACCUGGUCCGUUUUCUCAAGCUGAUGAUUUUCUGAGACUGAAGACACCCCCACCGAGUGUCUUUUCAUACCUCUUCCACCUUCUCCAGUUGAUGAUUCUCUCAACCUCAAGACAUCUCCCGAGUGUCUUCUGGUACCUCUUCCACCUUCUCCAGUUGAUGAUUUUCUGAGAGAAUAGACACCUCCCAUCAACUGUCCCCUGGGACCACAAUCAUUUUCUCCAGCUGAUGAUUUUCUGAGAUUGCAGACACCUCCUGAGCAUCUUCUCAUACCUUUCCCACCUUCUCCAGGUGAUGAUUUUCUGGGACCACAGACACCUCCUAUCAAGUGUCGCCUAGGACCGGUACCAUUUUCUCCAGCUGAUGAUUUUCUCAGACUCAAGACACUACUCAAGUGUCUUUUGGUUCCUCUUCCACAUUCUCCAGUUGAUGAUUUUCUGAGACCACAGACAUGUCCCCUCGAGUGUCUUCUGGCACCUCAACCACCGUCUCCAGCGGAUGAUUUUCUGAGACCACAGACACCUGCAGUUGACUUUCCCUUGGGACUCCUACCAUUUUCUCAAGCUGAUGAUUUUCUGGCAUCACAGACACCUCCCCUCAAGUGUCUUCUGGUACCUUUUCUUCCUCUCUAGCUGAUGAUUUUUUGAGAUGACUGACAUUUCCAGUCUCAUGUCCCCUGGGACCUGUACCAUUUUCUCUAGUUGAUUAUUUUCUCUCUGUUUUGUUGUUGUUGUUUUUAUUUUUUUGUUUUAGUUAAAAUACAUAAUUGUUUUAUUUCAUAAUGCAGUAAAAGAAAUUAUCAUCACAUGCACAGAAGACUAGGAAAAGUGAAACUACUUACUUCUGAAAAUCCAGUAAUGUAAACCUAUUUGUACUUGUCCAUAGUACAUGAAAGUAAUGUUUAACAUGUUUUGAAUUAAAUUUUACCUGUGGGGCUAUACAAUGUAAUUCUCAGGAGUAAUAGUUUCAUUCAUUUCCAGGUUAGAUUACUGUAUGAUUCAUUAACACAAGGCACAGUAGCCAUCUUUGUCAUUAUGUUGCAACACUCAUCACGUGCCUCUCUAAAAUGGCUGAUUUAACAAGAUGAUGGCAACACGAAGGGGAGACUUUGGAUUGUCUAUUGAAAAUCUAGGCAAUAAGUAAUUAAUAAAAACUCUCUGAAGUGUACUUUCACAUACUUUCUGUUUAUAAUAAACAACAAACUUCCUAA